UUUCUCUCUCUAAAAAACACCCAAAUACCAAACCCAUGAGCUGAAUCGGACCCUUCUUCUGGGUUAACCUUGGGUUGGGUUGGGUUGGGUUUGGUUGGGUUUGGUUCUUUUUGUAUUGUAACCUUUGACUCUAUUCUCUCUCUCUCUUUGCCAUUGUGUUGGCCGGCGUCGCUAUCUCUUAUCGUCCACCUCCUCCCCCCCUCUUCACGCCAUUCUUAUCGCCUUUCCACGCUUCCAAAAAUAAUCCACGAAUUCUCUUUGUUUUUAGCUUCUUCCUCUUUUCUCUCUCUCUCUAAAAAGUGGGGGAUUACUGUGAUGGCUCCAUAUCCUUCUUUGAGUUGAAGGAAAGGGAGUGGGGUUUUUUUUUUUUAAUUUCCUCAAGAGAGAGACGACCUUGAUUUGGCUCCUUAUUCUCGUUCUGGUUCUUGUGAUCUCUUCUGGCACCAGCAUGAGAAGGAAGAGGGUUUUUUGAGGAGCAGGUUCUUGGGUUUGUUCUCUCACACUGCCCCAUCGCCAUGGCAGGGGGCAACGAAGUCACCCUCAACGAUUCCAGGAUGGUGGUUCCAUUAAACACAUGGGUGCUCAUCUCUAACUUCAAGCUGGCCUAUAAUCUCCUACGACGCCCGGACGGGACGUUCAAUCGCCACUUGGCUGAAUUCCUUGAUCGCAAGGUCUCUCCCAACGCAACACCUGUCGAUGGGGUCUACUCCUUUGAUGUUAUUGUGGACCGCACCUCUAGCCUCUUGAGCCGCAUAUACAGGCCUGAACCUGAAACCGAGCCAGGCAACAACCUGUUGGGCUCCUCAGUGUCCAUCGAGCCUGCCCCUUCCACCUCCACGCUACCCAUCAUCAUUUUCUUCCAUGGCGGCAGCUUUGCCCACUCAUCAUCCAAUAGCGCCAUCUAUGACACCCUUUGUCGCCGCCUUGUUGGCCUGUGCAAUGCAGUCGUGAUCUCCGUGAAUUAUCGCCGAUCCCCCGAGAACCGAUACCCAUGUGCUUAUGAUGAUGGGUGGGCGGCCCUCAAGUGGGUGAGCUCGAGGCCAUGGCUCAAGUGUGAAGCCGAAUCGAAGCUCCGCAUUUUCUUGAUGGGCGAUAGCUCGGGGGGUAAUAUCGCCCACCACGUGACCCAAAUGGCUGUGGAAUCGGGAAUGGAGAUUGCCGGGAACAUCUUGUUGACGCCCAUGUUCGGGGGACAGAAGAGGACGGAGUCGGAAAGGAGAUUGGAUGGGAAAUACUUUGUGACAAUUCAAGAUAGGGAUUGGUAUUGGAAGGCCUUUCUACCUGAAGGCGUGGAUAGGGAUCACCCAGCUUGUAAUCCAUUCGGUCCCAAGGGAAUGGAUUUGGAAGGACUUUCAUUUCCUAAGAGCCUCAUUGUGGUUGCGGGGCUUGAUCUUAUGCAAGACUGGCAAUUGGGUUAUGCUGAAGGGUUGAAGAAGGUGGGGAAAGAGGUGAAGCUAAUAUAUUUGGAGCAGGCGACGAUCGGGUUUUAUUUGCUGCCUAAUACGGAGCAUUACUAUAGUGUGAUGGAGGAAAUCAGGAACUUUGUGUGUACUGACUGUUAAUAUACUGACCUCCGGCGCACGUCAACACAUUACCAUGAUCAAUCGAUUCUUUUCUCCUUUUUCUUUGUUUUGCUGUUGGGGUUUUGUUUUUUUCCCUAAUUGUCUUGUGCAGUGUCAAAUUUACUUACCAUUGCAUAUACCCAGAGGGGUAGCACGGCACUGAAGAUGGAGCUCCAAGACUCAUUUAGGCCCAUCCCCUUCUUCAAAUGAAGGACUUCUGGUGUGGAUGAUGGACGCGUAUGGGAAAUGUCCAUCAAAAUGGUGGGUUUUGAGGAUCCACUGAUUAUGUAUGUUAAUACUCUUUUUUCUCUCUCCGUGUUGGACGCAGGCGAGGGAUACGGCGAUGGCCCCUAUUUGGUGGCACCCAGCUGAUUUAGGUGCUAAUUCCAGCAGAAAUGGAGGAUUAACUCAACGCCCAUGCUGCUGUAUUAUACUUUAAUUUGUGUGUCCUUAGAACUGUAAUUUCUAUAUCUGUGGAUUGUUAAAGUGUUGGUGAUGAAAUAUGAAGAAUAGUGUUUUUGAGAUUUCUCUAUGGAACUUUUCUGUCUUGUGA